AUGUUAAAAUGUCAUUUUGGUCGGAGGUUCACAUCCGACAUUAAGGAAUUAGUGUCGAGAUAUCUAUGUCUGGUACUUACUAGUUUCGGUUGCUAGAAAUAUUAAUACAAAGAAAUCAUAAAUAAUUCAAGACAAAUAAAACUUAUAUUCACUCUAUUUUCUUUGUAUACUAGUACCAGACAUAGAUAUAUGUUACGUAAACGUUCAUCUAAGUUUCAUGUAAUUUAAGCAUUAUGUUCUAAUGUGAGAGCGUAACUCCGAUUGUAUGGGAGUAAUCAAAGCCUUGUUAUGAGUCAAUUAUAUUUUUUUGCCUGUAACUUUACUUUUUUCAUACAUUUAGGAAACUUUACAUACUUAUUCUUCAACUACGUGCCUUUUAUACUGUUUGAUAUUUUACAAAUUUCACGCAUAUCAGUGAAAGGAUAAGGAUCAAAGUCAAAUGGCGUUCUAAAAGUUUUAAUCAUGUGUCGAAAAAUGGCAGUAAAUUUACUGUGGCUACAAAAUUUUCUUGGACAAUCCACCUCUAUUGGGCUAGCGUGGGGACUAUAGCCCGAGCCCUCUCGCGCAUGAGAGGCCUGUGCCCUGCUGUGGGACGUAUAUAGGCUGAAUUAUUAUAUUAUUAUUAUAUAAUCCACCUCUAUUUCAAAUUAUCUUUGCUUAUAGUCAAUUUUUUCUUUGUCUGCAGGCGCCAGCAUUAGAAUAACCGCAAUAUAGCGAACAAAGGAAACAUGCUGCGCAUACGAACCAGUUCUGUUGUUCAAUACUACAAAUAUGUAUUUGGAGAACUAGCGGAUCCCCGCACAAACAACUGGUUCCUCAUCUCCAGCCCCAUCCCAGGGCUGAUCAUCAUCUACCUAUACCUACAGUUUGUGACCAAAUGGGGUCCCCGCUACAUGGCCAACAAGCCGCCCUUCCAGCUUCAAAAGACUCUGGUGGUAUACAACUUUCUGCAAGUUUGUGUCAGCUGCUGGAUAGUAUAUGAGGGUCUGGAUGCAGCCUGGCUUCGGCACUAUAGUUUGAAAUGCCAACCAGUCGACUUUUCUAACAGCCACGAGGGGAUGAGAGCGGCCCGAUGUGUAUACAUAUACUUCCUGGCGAAGAUCACAGAGCUCCUGGACACGGUGUUCUUCGUGCUUCGCAAAAAAGACCGCCAGAUCACCUUCCUACACCUGUACCAUCACGCUGCCAUGCCCAUGAUAUCCUGGGGAGCGACUAAAUACUACCCCGGCGGGCACGGCACGUUCAUCGGCCUCGUGAACUCCUUCGUCCACAUCUUCAUGUACGCUUACUACAUGGUGGCCGCCCUUGGUCCUGAGUACCAGAGGAAACUGAACUGGUGGAAGCGGCAGAUCACUACACUUCAAAUGGUCCAGUUCUGCUUAACGUUUCUACACUCCUCGCAACUUCUCUUCUACGACUGCGGCUUCCCUCGCUGGACGCUCAUCUUCACUCUUCCUAACUCCAUCUUCUUUUACUAUCUCUUCUACGACUUCUAUUAUAAAGCCUAUAAGACGCCUAAAGCUGACGCUGAGAAAAAUGCUCAAAAUGGCAUCAAAUUACAGAGAAUAAGAGAAGAAUAUGAGGAGAAAAUAGGAAAUGUUGCGAAUGGAAUUCAGAGGACGGCGGGAAAUAAAUAUGAAAGAUAAAAUAACUGUAGAUGUGAUAUUAUUAAAUAACAACUUCCUUAUUUAA